AUGGGUGCCCACCUGAAGGGCAGGGAGGGGGAGGUGGGGGCCAGUCCCGCUCUGCUCAGUGCUGUGUUUCCCCCCACAGCCACUUCUGCCGUGGUCCCCAUCCCUGGCACCUUCUCCUGGCCACUGGCUGCCCGCGGCAAGCCCCGGCGUGGCAUGCUGCGCCGUGCCGUAUUCUCCGAUGUGCAGCGGAAGGCGCUGGAGAAGAUGUUCCAGAAGCAGAAGUACAUCAGCAAACCUGACAGGAAGAAAUUGGCAGCCAAGCUGGGCCUCAAGGACUCACAGGUGAAGAUCUGGUUCCAGAACAGGAGGAUGAAGUGGAGGAACUCCAAAGAAAGAGAGCUCCUCUCUUCUGGUGGCUGCAGAGAACAGACCCUACCCACCAAGUUCAAUCCUCACCCAGACCUCAGUGACGUAGGCAAGAAAUGUUCAGGAGAGGAGGAGGAGGAGGAAGUUCCCCCUGUGUGCCCACCCAGCCCCCGACAUCCCUUAACCUACCACCAGUCCCCAGAACACCUCCACUUGAGGGACAGACUGGACUCCCAAAUGUCUCCUGUUUCUCCAUCCCAUUCUAGCAGCCCUAGCAAGCCUUCAGACUUCUCAGACUCAGAGGAAGAGGAUGACGAAGGGGAUGAAGAGGAGGAGAUAACAGUCUCUUAG